AUGGUUCCCAACGUGAACGUAACUUCUGCUGACGGCAUACUGAACGUUCAGCCGUCGGGACUGAUGGAGUUAUCGAUAGGUUAUGCUAUGGUACAUGGCUACAUCAGUGCGUGUGUAUGUAUGUUUGGAUUUUUAGCAAAUAUAGCAAAUAUUGUAGUUCUUACCAGACCAAAUAUGAUUAGCUCUACAAAUAUAAUUUUGACUUGGCUUGCUGUAGCUGAUCUGUUUACCAUGUUGGACUAUUUCCCUUUCGCCAUGCACUUCUACAUAUUCAAAGACAGUGAUUUGGAAUUUCCCAAAACAAGAGGCUAUGGAUGGAUUAUAUAUCUUUUAUUUCAUGCCAGUUUCAGCGUUGUGUGCCAUUCAGCAGCUAUCUGGUUGACUAUAACAUUAGCAACAUUUCGAUUCAUUUGCAUCUGGUUUCCAACGACUGGAAGACAACAUUGCUCUGUACCUAGAGCAAAACAGUGUGUCGCUGUGAUUAUAUGCGUUAUCAUUGUAUUGUGUAUACCCAAUAUCAUCAUAAAUAACUUCGCACCAUAUAACAAAAAUGCCAAUACUAAUAGAACACAUUUUGAUAUUUGUUACACUAUUUCGUACAGACGCGGAGGUGCCUUUGACCAUGUUGACAUGAUUAACAAAAUGAUACAAGCAACUAUCUUUAAAAUCGUCCCCAGUAUUUUGCUUACACUAUUGACAGUUUUGCUCAUGACGGCCAUGCACACUGCCUACAAGAAACGGAUGCGUCUCCGGAACCAGGGUCGUCGUGAAGAGUCAGACCGGCACGGUGAACACAACCGAACCACCGGUAUGCUCCUGGCCAUCGUCGUACUUUUCUUCAUCACUGAACUGCCACAAGGAAUACUGACAAUACUAACUCUGAUCAGUGACAAUUUUUUCUACCAAGUGUAUUUGCCUUUGGGAGAUAUUUUUGACAUAAUGGCUCUUAGUAACAAUGCUAUUAACUUUGUUCUGUACUGCACUAUGUCACGGCAGUUUAGAGUAACAUUUGUCGCAACAUUCUGUAGGUUUUGUCCAAAGAAGCGGCCCGGAUGGAUGCCAAUGAAAUUGGUCAGCUCUAAAACAGAACAAAACGGCAUUAAUUCGGUAACGGAACAAACCCACGUGUAG